AUGGCACGCAAAUUAAAGGGCAAGGCUAACUCAAAAGGGCUAAAAGGUACUUUGCAAAGAUAUCAGGCUACUGAGCAAGCCAAAUCUAAGCAUAAACGGAGGCAUGAAUAUGAAUUGAAGAAAGGUAAACCAACAAAGCAGGCAAAAAGAAAAGAGCUACAGAGGACGUUUGUUCCAUUUGAACGUGAUGCCACUUUAUUGUUAGUUGGAGAAGGUGAUUUUUCUUUUGCCAAAUCUAUAGUAGAACAAGGUUAUAUUAAACCAGAAAACCUAAUCGUAACGAGUUAUGAUAGCGGCACUACGGAAAUUAAUUUAAAAUAUCCACAUACAUUUUCGGAAAAUUAUGAUUAUCUAGUAUCUCGAGGUAUCAAGAUAUUCUUUCGCAUUGAUGCUACUAAGUUAAUUUCAAGUUUUAAGCUCACAAAAAGGACUCCAUGGUCCAAGGUUCUAGGACCUCAAUGGGGUAGUAAACCGCUAAACUACAUCAUGUUCAAUUUCCCACAUACUGGCCAUUCUAUUAAAGAUCAAGAUCGUAAUAUUAAAGAGCACCAAGAGCUUGUAUACGGAUAUUUCGAUAGCUGUAAUCAGCUGUUUCAAUUGGUUAACAAUAAUUCCGGACCGAACUGCAAUAGUAGUAUGAAUGGAUACUCGUUAGAUGGUGAAGCGCAACUCAAUGACGACUCUGGUAAAGUUAUUAUAUCGCUUUUCGCUGGAGAGCCUUAUGAGUCCUGGAAAAUUAAACUUCUGGCAAAAAAUAAUAACUUCAGGCUUGAACGGUCGAAUAAAUUUGAAUGGUCAACAUAUCAAGGAUAUAACCACAAGAGAACACGUAGUGAGCAAGAUACUACUGUUCCCGCAGCUCAAAGGGAUGCAAGAAUAUUUAUUUUUGAAAAAAGCUAUAAAAAGCGCCAAUCUGCGCAGUCACUCAAGGACUCGGAUGAUGAAGAUGAUUAA